AUGGCCCCGGGACCGGGGGACUCCGCUGCCCGGCUCUGCCUGCUGCUGCUCUUGUUGCUGGCGAAAGGCGCGCGGGGCUUCGACGACGAGGAACGCCGCUGCGAUGCCAUCCGCAUCUCCAUGUGCCAGAACCUGGGCUACAACGUCACCAAGAUGCCCAACUUGAUCGGGCACGACUCGCAAGCGGACGCCGAGCUGCAGCUCACCACCUUCACGCCCCUCAUCCAGUACGGCUGCUCCAGCCAGCUGCAGUUUUUCCUGUGUUCGGUCUCUGUCCCCAUGUGCACAGAGAAGAUUAACAUCCCCAUCGGCCCCUGUGGCGGCAUGUGCCUCUCCGUGAAAAGGCGGUGCGAGCCGGUCCUCAAAGAAUUUGGCUUCUCCUGGCCGGAAAGUUUGAACUGCAGCAAGUUCCCACCGCAGAACGACCACAACCACAUGUGCAUGGAGGGCCCGGGAGACGAGGAGGUUCCCUUUCACAGCAAGACCCCCUUGCAUCCCGGAGAGGAAUGCCACACCAUCGGAUCGAACUCAGACCAAUACAUCUGGGUCAAACGGAGCCUGAGCUGCGUCCUCAAGUGCGGCUACGAUGCCGGCCUCUAUAGCCGGCAGGCCAAGGCGUUUGCGGACACCUGGAUGGCCGUGUGGGCCAGCCUUUGCUUCGUUUCCACCGCCUUCACAGUCCUCACCUUUCUGAUAGAUUCCUCUCGCUUUUCCUACCCCGAGCGCCCCAUUAUCUUCCUGAGCAUGUGCUACAAUAUUUAUAGCAUUGCUUAUAUUGUCCGGCUGACCGUGGGCCGGGAGAGGAUUUCCUGCGAUUUUGAAGAGGCGGCAGAACCUGUCCUCAUCCAAGAGGGCCUCAAGAACACAGGAUGUGCUAUAAUUUUCUUGCUGCUGUACUUUUUCGGCAUGGCGAGCUCCAUCUGGUGGGUGAUCCUGACGCUGACGUGGUUUCUGGCAGCCGGGCUCAAAUGGGGUCACGAGGCCAUUGAGAUGCACAGCUCGUAUUUCCACAUCGCCGCCUGGGCCAUCCCGGCAGUCAAGACCAUUGUCAUCUUGAUUAUGCGGCUGGUGGAUGCUGAUGAGCUGACCGGACUGUGCUACGUCGGCAACCAGAAUCUGGAUGCGCUGACGGGCUUUGUGGUGGCUCCCCUUUUCACCUAUUUGGUUAUCGGAACCCUGUUCAUCGCCGCCGGCCUGGUGGCCUUAUUUAAAAUCCGGUCCAACCUUCAGAAGGACGGGACCAAAACGGACAAGUUGGAGCGGCUGAUGGUGAAAAUCGGCGUCUUUUCGGUGCUCUACACCGUCCCGGCCACCUGCGUCAUCGCUUGCUACUUCUACGAAAUCUCCAACUGGACGAUCUUCCGCUACUCGGCCGAUGACUCCAACAUGGCCGUGGAAAUGCUCAAGAUUUUCAUGUCCUUGCUGGUGGGCAUCACGUCGGGCAUGUGGAUCUGGUCUGCCAAAACGCUGCACACUUGGCAGAGGUGCUCCAACAGGCUGGUGAAUUCGGGGAGGGUGAAAAGGGACGAGAAAAGGGCUGACGGCUGGGUGAAGCCCGGGAAAGGGAAUGAGACAGUGGUGUGAACAAAAGCCAGGAGCAGGCGGGCCUCAUGUCUUCUCUUCUCCUCUCCCCCCCCGCCCCCACCUCCGAGAAGAAUUGGUUGCAUGUCAACACGUCUGAAGCAGGAACGCCGUAAUGGCUUCCGUGCUGGAGAAAGGAACUGUACAUCUUUCUGUUUUUGUAGAAUUUGGGGAUUGGGGCGGAGGCUUUUAGAAACUGAAUAAAUUUGUGAUUUACAGUAGAACAGAGUUUCUGGGGAGAGGGGGAAGGAGGGAACACAAGCGCCUGCAGUGGCUUCAAAAAGCUGUGAAAACAAAAAUCAGAAACUGUUGGACAUCUACCAGAAAACAGCAUCUGUGGGUCUUUGGGAAUCAUGGAACUUUGCACCUCCUAAUAACUCCCCCCCCCCUUCUUCUCACUCUGCUUCCAAGUCAUAUUUUUAGCUGUGUCUUCUAAAAGAGUGAAGGAAAGAAUUCCAAGGGCAAAUCUCUCUACUGGUGUCCAGGCCAGGUCUUCUGAACAGUCAGGGCUGUUGACUUCAGGAGAUCUGGAGGCAAGGUGUGUAUGUUCUUGUUCCUCGAAAGGUCUGCCGCCUUGGAUGGUUGGAAGCUUGCGUUUGGUGUUGGUUCCAAAGCAGUCCUUUGGAUUAGGCUCACCCAAAUGUUGCUGAAUAGUGUGCAAGCUUCUGGGUUCCGUAGAACUCUUUGUCAGGCGAAACGGAAAGCAAAGCCAAGGAGGCGGAGGGAAGCUGGCUUACGUUGAAGCCACGGAGUCUGCGUUUCAUCACAUUCUGAAGGUGGAAUGUGAGAGGAGGUAGCUGAUGUUCAAAUUAGGUGCUCUACUAAGUGUGGUUUUCAGGCUCUGCCUAGGACCCUCCCUAGGAUUUUCAAGAUGAAGAAACAAACCAGCAAUGGUUGAUCCCCACUUCUCCGGUGGGGGGGCGGGAGCAGCUUUUACCUAGAUCUGUUUCCCUCCUUAGGUGAAACACACAGAUUCCUUGGAAAACAGAAGUAGAGAGAACCUAGACAAUUCUUCUAUUAACACAGCUGGAGAUAAUUUUAGGUGGUGUACUGGGUAUUUGGAAAAAGUCCGUAGUAGCCAGAUUGGGCAGUUGGAGGGGAUGUAGCUUCGGAGAAUCAAGACAGAUCUUUGGGUAUAUAAAAACUCUUCGGUGUAGGAUCCUACAAAGGUUUGGUAUUAUCUAAAUCACACACAAAGCCUGUCUGUGCGUAGAAGUUCUUACAACUUAGGUCACCCUUCCCCAAACUGCUGCCUUCCAGAUAUUUCGGACCACAGUUCCCAGCAUUCCUGGCUACCAGCCAUGUUAGCUGAGGCUAAUGCUAAUAGAAGGCUAGAACAUCUGGAAGACUGGCUUAGACUAUAAAGCAGGCGUGGGGGACCCCAGGACUGCAUUCCAUUUCAGAGACGCUCUUGGGGGGACCGCAUUCUAGUGGUGGGUGGGGCCAAAGGGGCGGGGCUAAAACACCAAAGACACCCGCCUAUUUUUAGCUUAAAUGGCUUACUUGCAAAUAACUAGGCCUUAGGAAAGGCAUUUAGAAAGGGGGAGACCUGCACAAAGUCAUCAAAGGAUUGGUGGUUGAGAGAGAAAGGGCGCUGGUGGAAAGGACAGAGCUAUUAACCCAUGCAGGUCGGAUUGGGGGGCCCAGGCCUGAAGUUCUACACCCUUGCUAUAAAGCCAGUGGCUUGAGAAAGCUCAUGAAACUCAAAACAUCGCCUUCCUUUGCUACAAAAAACUUGCAGAGGAUCCUCACUCCGUGGAGACUGCGCUGAAGGGUAGACCCUAGGGUGACCGUAUGGAAAGGAGGGCAGGGCUCCUGUAUCUUUAACAGUUGUACGCAGC